ACGCGAUUGGUCGCGGUGGGCGGGGUCGGGGAUGGAGCUGCUGUCCGGGUUGCUUGCUGCUCUCCGCGGGGGAUCCAGAGGACGAGGCCGGGUCAUGGAAGAGCGAGCCCUGGAGGUGUACGAUCUGAUCCGGAACAUUCGGGAUCCAGAAAAGCCGGAGACGUUGGAAGACCUGGAGGUGGUGUCUGAGAGUUGUGUGACGGUGGAGGAUCUGGAUGACGAAUGCUUCCUGGUGAUCAUAAAGUUCACCCCCACCGUCCCCCACUGCUCCCUGGCUACACUUAUAGGUCUGUGUCUGCGGGUGAAGCUGCAAAGAUGUUUGUCUUUUAAGCACAAGCUGGAGAUCUAUAUUUCCGAAGGGACGCACUCGACGGAGGAGGAUAUCAACAAGCAGAUCAAUGACAAGGAGCGAGUGUCGGCGGCCAUGGAGAACCCCAAUCUCCGGGAGAUAGUAGAGCAAUGUGUGACGGAGCCGGAUUAGAACGGUGGAAAGUCGGCACUUGAAGUAGAUGAAGAUCCGGCGGGAGAGUCGCUUCUCCCAGGACGCAACGCAAUGGACGUUCAGAACAUUUUUUUAUUUAAAUAUCUCAGGGCAGCAUUUGUCGGGAACCCCGGCAUGGACGGCAGUGCUGUGGGGUGGAAAAUUCUUAAACUGGAGAAGAGAAUUCCGUAGACUACCGCAGACGCCAUUGUGGGACGACAGAACCUGCCGGUCAGCCUUCCGGAGGCUUCAAUGGUACUUCCUCUAAACGCCUUCCGGGAGAAGUGGGCGGGCCACUCCGUUUUGUUCUACCAGAUCCCAUCGUUGCUAUUGGUUGGGCUAGAUGACUUAACCUUGGCAGUUCUACCGCAAAAUCCGAGGUCUCCACCAAUGGAGACAAUGGCCUCCCGAACUAAAGGAACAAGAAGAGUGCUGAUUGGUUGCCUUAAAGCAGAACUAAAUCCCCAACACUUAAAGGGGUUGUAAAGGAAAAAUAUUUU